UGAGCGAGUGGACAAGUGACAAAUUUUGCAACCAAGAAGGUUUAGCCUGGUGCUUGGAGCUUAUCAGGGGUUGGGGAAUCUGAAACCGAGCACAAGGAGGAGGCAACGUGAAUGGCUCAGGGGCUGAUCAUUAUUUUCCAUUUAGCAGUCGGUCACCCACAGGCCGGCAGUAGUGGCUCUGUGAUUCUGGGACCUGGGAACUCCCUGCAGCAGCUUGCGACUUGCGAGAGGGCGACUCGCCGGCUCGGUGACAACUCAGACCGAUCACACUGCACAGAUUCGAUGGAUCGAGAGAUCGAAGCUUAUCGACUCGGGCUGCACGCUCUGGGAACAUUCUGCUCCAAACCAUGGCUUCCCGUCCCGAGGCAGCCUGCUGAAUCCUGUCGCCUCACUGCCUGCACUCUGCAGCCACCGGAGCAUAACUGUAAUCUCGUCCUGGACCACAGUCGACGGCCUCCGGCUCCUUGCGCUGUCACUGUUGACGGUCAGCGUCCAGACUGUCCUCGACUCUCGUCCACGGUCCACGGUCGCCCACGUCUCAAUCGCACUUUAAUUAUUUGGUUCAGAUCCGUCCGACCGUACCACUCAAGUCGCUGCUGUGCUGUUAUUGAUUUUCUUCAUCCCUCGCCCAAUUUUCAAGGUCUGCAUUCUAAACUUAAUCAAUAGUGUUAUAAAGACGAUCGCACAAAGACCUGUUGUUACGACUUGCAUAUCAAUUUCUCAGACCCUGCGACUGCGAGGCAAUGAGGCAUCUCCAGGAAUCUCAAAUCACCCACAGUCCACGAUUCCACGGCCUGUGCGCAAACUCGUUGUCUCCGCCGAUCGGACCUCUCUCCAACUCGGCAGUUUCAUAUCUGCAAACUGCGGGUCCGAGACACCUUCAAUCAUUUGGACUUCACUUGGAGUUGGAGACUCUGCUUUACCCUGGUUAUUUCCGGCCGAGUGGCUGGAAAUGUCAACCAUAGUGCUCCGUAGUGUUGUAUCGACAGAACUUACGGACAGUGCCUCCCCCGUCAGGAUAUAAAUCGCAAAGACUCUUGUCAAUGAGGUAUCGGACAUUAAUAAUGCGAACAGUGCCGUCC